CGGGAUAUUUGAAACAUAUUUUCUUUUAGAUUUCAUUAUCAAUAUGUACUUAAAGAGGUAAAAUAUAUUGAGGAUUACGCGCUAAAAAAAUAAUGAAUCACGAUACUCUUCACAAGGUAACCAAAUGCUAGAGAAGUGAAAGUGGCAAAGAAGUAAAUAUGUCUCCUUGAAGAAUGUCGACGAAUAGUUUCUUUAAAAAUGUUUAUUAAAAUACGUUUUCUUUCUAUUUUAGUGAUAUAUUUAUUUCAAAUUAAUCUGACAACUGCACUCCAAAGAUGUUUUACGUGCAGAUCUAGGGGAGAGUUGGGUAGUUGUAAAGACCCAUUUACUGUUAACGUGACUUUAGUCGAAAGCAAACAAGAAAUAGGGGUUGAAACAGCUCCUUGUCCAUCAGGAUGGUGUGGAAAAAUUGUUGAAACUGAAAACGCACUAAAAGAAGAAUAUGGUGUGGCAACCCAAAGAAUUUGUCUACAAAGAGGACCUUCAGACAGCGAAGAUAGGUGCGCCUAUACGAAAUGGAAUUACAGAAAGGUUUUAAUGUGUUUUUGCAAAGGCGAUUUAUGCAAUAAUUCCCAUCAUGUCACCGUUAAUUAUUCACUUAUUUGUGCAAUACUAAUAGCGACAAUAUUUAUAUUUUAGACUGAAUUUUUAAAGAUUUAUGAACCUAAAUAUAUGUAUAUCUACCUAAUAA